UAUAAUAAGUGAUAACGCCACCCUUUUCCUUUUCCUAAACCCCCAUUCUUGAUACUACUAAGAGAAAUAGUCUACUCCUAUUCCAACUCCACUUUGAUUCUCCACGUUUAAAAACUCUUCUACUCUUCUACACGUUAUCACAUUCCCUCUCAAACUGAAACCACCGCCAAGCUAACUUAGAGCUUUUGCCUAUGGCUUCUCCUUUAACACUCUCCCUCUCUGAUCAACAACAUCUUAUCGAGAAACUCCAGGUUUUCAAGAUCCAAGGUCGAGAUAAACGAGGUCAUAAAGUGCUCCGCAUCAUCGGAAACCGCUUCCCAGCUCGGCAAGUGAGUUCUGAGGCUUUGAGGACGUAUUUGGAGGAGAAGAUUUUCGUCAACUUAGGGGAGAGGCCGUUCUCGGUGGUGUACGUGCACACGGGCGUGCAAAGGACCGAGAACUUUCCCGGAAUCUCUACCCUACGAUCAGUCUACGAGGCUAUUCCGAUCAACGUCAGAGAUCAUCUUGAGGCCGUUUAUUUCGUGCACCCGGGACUACAGGCCAGACUCUUCCUCGCCACCUUUGGACGUUUGAUUUUCAGUGGAGGGUUGUACCGGAAGCUGAAAUAUGUGAACAGGGUGGAGUUUCUGUGGGAGCACGUGAGGAGGAACGAGAUUGCGAUGCCAGAAUUUGUGUAUGAUCACGAUCAGGAGUUGGAGUGCCGUCCGAUGAUAGACUACGGGUUGGAGAGCGAUCACCCUAGAGUCCACGGUGCGCCCUCGCUGGACUCUCCGGUUUCUAUGUAUUCCAUGAGGUGUAUUGCGUGAUAGGCUCAGUACUGGGUUCUUUUUUUCUUUUUUUUUUGGGGUAGGUCUAGAAGAGAUUAGGACAUCGAUCUUGACAGAAUGUACAAAGAAUGCCGUGCCGGCGAAAUGAAAGUUGAAAAAAAUCACAGCUUAGCCGAAAA